AUGGGUGCUAAAUAUUUGGAAUUGGAUUGGAAUAGAGAUGAUGAAUCCAUACCUUAUAUAUCCUCACUUGCAUGUCUUAUACUUGAUAUUAAAUUCAUACUUUUCUUUAAAGUAUUUGAAUCAUUUGGGGUUUAUUUUGCUAUUAUUAGUGGCUGGCGACCAUUUUCUAAAACAAAUUUGGGAGAUUUAAAUGAUGCCAAUAACCCUUGGAAAAUUACAGAAAAAUAUCAUCAAGUUUAUGAAGGACAAAAUGGAACAAAAUAUCUUUCAAAUUUUACCUUAUAUAAAGAACCUGAAGGGCAAACAAAUUAUUUUACAAAUUCUUACAAUUCUAUUUUUGCGAUGUAUCUAUUCUUAACAGGAAAUAAUCCACUAAAUGCAUGGUCUUUUGAUGAUAAUAUUCCUUUGGCUACAUUGAUGGCUUUAUUUUCAUUUAUAGUUGUGAUAUACCUUAUGAAUUUGUUAAUUGGACUAUUGAAUAAGGCGAUAGACGCUGAUGAUGACCGAGCUCAAUAUAUUGCUCAAAAGGCAGAGAUUCUUAAAGAAAUUGAAUUAUUUUAUCUGUCUCCAGAUCAAAGACGUUGGAAAUCAUGGUUUCCUGAUAUCGCGUAA